AGACUGCUAGGCACUAACCUUGACUAACCAUACACCUUCAACCACAAAAUACAGCAAACUAAAGUAGCUUCGUCUCUCCAGCUCCAAAAUGGCCGAGGGAAAGUAGCAGCCAAGGGCCCAAGUUGCUUUUGCUUUGCAGAUCCGAUCCUCUACACUAAAACUCAAUAAUCUCGAAGCCUUAUUAGUCAUCGAGUUGCAGCAGCGACGUGCAAGCUAUGAAGUUGAUGACAACAUCUCCAAGGCUUCCGAUUCCAGGUCCAUGGGACAUGAUGUGCUCGAGCAUAUACUUGAUGGCACAGAGGAGCCGACGAAUCUACCGUUCGAGCUUCUGAAGAACAUCACUGGAAAUUUCUCCGAAGAGAGAGAAAUCGGUCAUGGUGGAUUCGGAAUGGUUUACAAGACGAGUUAAGCGGACUUGAAUGGAAUACACGUUAUCAGAUAAUAAAACAAAUUUGUCAUGGUUUGCAUUACCUACACAAGGAAAAGACUAUUCUUCACAUGGAUUUGAAACCUGACAAUAUACUUUUGGAUAACAACAUGGUGGCCAAAAUCUCGGACUUUGGAUUAUCAAGACUGGAUGAAAAAUCACAAACAAUGGAUGCAAAACGUUGUGUAACAUUAGGAUAUUGCUCUCCGGAAUAUCUACUUGGUGGUAAGAUGUCAGUCAAAUCUGACAUGUAUAGCUUGGGUGUAAUGAUCAUUGAGCUGGUGACGGGAUAUAAAGAUAUCCCUGACAACAAUAAUGUACUGAGAAGAUGGAGACACAGAUGGAAUAAAUCACAGAAGGAAACACCAUGGUCUUACCAGAUAUUACAAAUAACUAAAUGCAUCGGAAUAGGGCUACAUUGUCAGGAAAGUGACCCAUACAGACGGCCAUUUAUACAGGACAUAAUACAUGAUAUGAACGGAAAUGAAGGUACUUUUGGACAAAACAGCAACGCUGAUGGAUUUUAUGCUGACCAGACAAGGCCUUGUUGGGAUGACGAUAUGCUUGAUAUUGAGCCGCUCAAGCUACAUUUUCAGUUCGAACUUAACAAGGAGAUAUCAUGCCUACUUAAUCUAGACAACAGUACAACUGCUGCCAUUGCCUUCGCUAUACAAUCGGUGAGCCCGAUGCCAUACUGCAUACAACCAAACAAAGGAAUUGUUCUACCACUAUCCAGGUGUGCCAUUGUGAUAACAUUAGAGUCACAAAGUAUGCCACCAAAGGACAUGCAACACCUGGGUGAGUUCGUCGUACAGAGCGCCAAAAUAAUUGAUGGAGUUACACCUGAGGAGAUAACGUCGGACAUGUUCAAUAAAGUGUCUGGUGAAGUGGUUGAUGAGGUGAACGUGGAUGCUAUUUUUGACCUGGCACUACUACUUGAGGAAAGUUAAGUAUGAUGUAUACAAGUGCAACACUUCAAUUUAUUAACUAGGAAUAAAAUUUUGAAUUUCGGUAAACAUGAAUAACUUAUUGUACCAGCUUAAUAUGUUUCAAAGAAACCUUUAUACUGGUCACAAGGAAUGUAAAGUCAUCUUAGAGAGACCUAUAUUUUCCAGUGAUAUUUUAGUUUUCUUAACUUCUGUUGUUGCCAGACUAUUUUUUCAAUUUCCUUGAGAUUGGUACAAUAUACAUUUUCUCGUCUCCUACUGUCAAGCCUAACGAGUUGU